CAUGUACCGGUUGUUCCUGUGAGAAAAAGCAAGCAGCAUCAUACAGUAGGACCCCCAAGCAACGUGGAUUGAAUAUUACUCCAGGGUACGCGGCCGCAGCUGCAGCUGUAUGAGAACACAGCGAUGCAAGUGAGUUUGAUGGGGGAAAAUCACACUUUAUAAAGCCCGAAGUUCCUUCUCUUCUCGAGUUCCAAACCGUCUUGUAAAGAAACACAUCGCACGAAAUGUUUCUCAGUGGACUCUGGUGACUCUUUGUGGCACAGCGGAAGUAUAACUACGGUGUGACCAUGGAAACCCCAAGGGACAAACAGUUUCCAACGCGAGGUGAUCGGAUAAGCAACCAUAGAUUAUCGUCUGGGCGGCUGGAGGCAUUUCUUCAAGAAAAGCCCCGAGAUGGCAACAUCACCGUCAUGCUACCUGAUUGCACCCCCGUCGUCAAGACCAACCGCAAGCAGAAGAAGAAUGCCAUGAAAGAGGAGGUCAAGCUGUUCAGCACGCGAUACGUGAGCAAGCGCUGAACAGUGGGGGCUAGGUGCUGUCAGGGCCCCCACCCCAAGGCCC